AAUGCUGGCCAGCAUUGGCGAAAGCAGCAUUUCAUUUUGAUUGUCGUGCGCACACAUCGUUCAAGUCGUCGUCGUUGUCGGCAGCGCUGUCGACACGCUGUGUGUGUGGUGACCAACGUUGUUACCGUUGUCGUUGUUGUCUUCUUCGUCUUCGUCAUCGUUAUCGUCAUUGUGUUUGCCUUGUUGUUGUGUCGAGUCAACAUCACAUUGUGCUGCCGCUGCUACAGCUACUCCUGCUGCCUGCUGCCACUGCUGCCUUGCUUUCAUUGUAUAUUGGGCUGUCAGCUCUCAACGUUGUCAGUGUCAAAAAGAUGUUUUAGUCGACAACUGAACGCUUCAACGGAAUCAUGUCGAAUCAUUUCAAUAGUGUUGCGUUUACUCUUACCAAUACUAAUAGAACUACGACAACAACAACAACAACAAAAGCAAGCAGAAUAACAACUAUUUUCGCAACAACUAAAAUUAACGCCGCAGCGAGAACAACAACAAAAACAAGAGACAGCAGCUUCACUUCACUUGUUAGCGACAGUGCAUAUUUGACAGUUAAAAAAAUAAUACAAACAACAGCAACAAAAACACUAACAACAGCAGCAAGCGCAUGCAAUAUUGUAAUAUUGCAUUAGCCGCAACAACAACAACAAUAACAAUAAGCAAGUGAAAACGUGUUAGACACUCAAUAAGCAAGCGAGCGUACGUUGUGUUUGUAUUUACAUAUAUAUUUAUAUAAGUGUGUGGGUGUGUGUUUGUGUUGCUACGGCUUGCUGUUGCAGCUUUUCUUGCUGCGCUUUUGGACUCAACCUAGCGCCUUUUAGUGUUGGCGGGAGUGUCGUCGCUGUUUGUUGGCGGCGUUAUCAUUUGUGUGUGCACGGGCAAGGACAUUUGCUAAACGCUGAAAUCAUAGUGUCAGCACUGACGUACGCAAUUGACAACAAUUCGAAGUUUAGUGUCAAUCAAUGGGUGCUCUAUGGAAGCUAAGGCACAGACGGACAUAACAACGCAGCAGCAGAUUAACGGUGAAAAAUAAGCAAACCAGAAAAUCGAAAAACUUUAAGCACAAAAGCUAAAUAAAUAAAUAGCGCUUAGCAACAAAAACAACAACACCAAUGAGAGACUAUAAAUUACAGCAAAUAGCUAUUAAAUCACUGGACUAAGGCGAGCUAUGCGGGAGUUGCUAUAAAAUGAAAAUUAAAACAAAAACGAAAAGAAAUUUAAUAAAAUAAAAAUAGAGGCAGCUAAAUACAAAUAAAGCGCAGGGAAAAGAAAAAACAAUAAUAAAAACAAAAACAACAACAACAGUAGCAGCAAUAGCAAAAUCGCACGUUGCCAGCAGCAGCAAUACAAGCAACACCGCAGCCUUGCCACCCACUUAAACACAAGGAAAUUGUUUACAUUGCCCUCAUUCAUAUUUGUGCCUCUACACACACCACACACAGUGUGCGUUCGUGCGUGAGUGCGUGUAUUUGCUUGAGAUUGACACUUUUUGAUGACUGUCACUCUGCGAGCGGCAACAGCAACAGGAGUGAGAGAAGCAGCAGUGCCAAAACGUCAACCGGUGUGACCGACAGGGUGACCACUGCCACGCACAUGCAGUCAGCUGGCUGUUCUGAUACAUAUAGAUUUAUAUAGAUGUGUGUAUGUGAGUGUAGGCCCAACCUACAACACGCCACAGCACAUUUAUUCACUUAUCCAGUGGAGCGUGCGUCAGCAGUAGCAGCAGCAGCAGUGAGCAUACAACAAAAACAAUAAGAAAAACAACAACAACAGCAAGCAAAUCAUUGCAAGCACAUUCCUUUCCUUGUGCUUCACAUACACAGAGCUAGCUACCAAGCAGCGUCUCAGCGCCGCAACGCCACCACCACCAUCACCUCUACUCCACUACUCCGCGCAGCACAUCACUAAACCAGCCGCCUGACAUUUGAUUUAUUUGACAUGUGUGUUUUUGAUAGAGGCAUAACACGCUAGUGACACGUUCUCGUACAAAUUCAAAAGACACCAACACACUUACAUGCAUACAUACAAAUAAAUGCUUAGUGAAAUGCCAUCCAUCUCUGCCCAGCAGCGUCAAUAGCCACCUUUAUAGUACUUGUUUGUAUGUUUGUUUGUUUGUAUGUAUGUAGCCUAGCGAACUAGUGGAGCGUCUAGAAUGUGAAAAUCUGACAGUAGAGCUACUAAAUAAAUCAGCGAAUGUCUUAAAACGAGAACAUAAAAGCAUUAGUACUAUUUAUUUUUAAAAGAAAGCAUUGCUAGAGAAAAUAAAAUAGAUAUACAACAACAACAACACAAACAAAAUGACGGCGCAAAUUAAUCGCGGUUUCCGUGGACACUGAUAAAUCAGUCAUACAAAGUGUAUGCGACAAAUGGCAAGUGUUUAAUACAACAAGCCUUGUGAAUGCCACGUUUAUAACGGCAAAAUACCAAAAACCCCCGCACGCACGAGUGCCAAAAGCAACAACAAAAAAAAACACAGAAAAGUAAAAUUAAAAUCAAUUAAACGAGGAAGGCGAGGAAAAAAAGAAAAAAUAAUAAUAAAAAAACAACAACAAAAUAUAUAAAAUUUAUAAAAUUAUAAAGUCACAACAAUAAUAAUAACAACAGAAAAAAAGAAAAAAAAACAACAACAAAAAAUAUAAAAAUUAUAAAUCAACAACAAUAUUAACAUCAACAACCACAACUAGGCCGCCAUUGAACGUUAAUUCUUUGUUCGUGUAAAUGCUGUGUUUGCGUUUGUAAUUGUGCUUUCUCAGCGCAAUUAAAUACCGGUGUGUUUGUUCGCACAUUGCUUCAUCGUUUUUUUUUUUGUGAGUAAAAAAAAACACCGGCAGCUAAGAAAUGAUGUUGCACGAAGCAGUUAUGCUGGAAAUUUAUAGGCAGGCGCUCACAGCAAGUGAGUUAACCAGCCCGCGUUGCCAAUCGCGCGAGUCAAAUGUAUCAGCAGCGGCUAUGGAGGGACGUUGUCCUUCAAACGGCUCGCAUUGCUCCGGCAAUGAGCGUUCCACAACACCCGCAACGAGCUCGCUACCCAGCACACCACCAGCAGGACUACCACUGCAGGCCACACUAGCACCGGCUGCAGCAGCCGCCUUGCUGCCACCACAAUCCGCCGCCAUGGCUGCAUACUUCAAUGCCGCGGCAGCAGCAGCAGCACAACAAAAUCAUCUGUUGCUAACCAAUCCGCUGGCAGCUGCAGCAUCACUGGUGCAACAAGCAACACAGGCGCACUCGCCAACAACAAAUCGACAGCCUGCAACACCCACCUCACCACAAACGGAUGUCACAAUGGAUGAGCCAGUGCUGGAUUUUAGCACCAAACGCCGACGCAUGUCCGAGCGUGAGAGUGAUGAUGAGGAUGACAAUGAGGAGCGCAAUGAACAUGAUGGUGGAGCUAAUAAUGUUGAUGCAGUAAUGGAUGCAAAUAGUCCGCUUGAUUUGACAGUUGGUGGACGUAAACGCGCCUCAACAGUUGAAGAACCGCCUCACCUGACAAUGCGUAAGACGUUACGCACCGCAUUGCCAACGGCAGCCAGCAAUUGGGUGCCCACAAUCAAUCCAUAUUUAGCCGCUGUGGCCGCAGCCAGCUUAUCGCCACCCAAAUCGCCACUCUCGCCACUCGAAUGGAGCGGUAAACACAAACUAUUGCCAAAUGAAGCUACCAAAGCGUUAGAGAAAAUGACUGAAAUGACAAGACUUGGCUCGGCUACAGACAGUGCCGAGCUACCGCCUCACCGCCAACUGAGUGCGAAUGGCAACAACAACAACGCGAACAGUGGUGGACGACACAGUGCGUGGCAGUCGCAUUGGCUGAAUAAGGGCGCCGAUGCCGUGCGCGAUGUCUUCAAGUGUGUUUGGUGUAAACAGAGUUUUCCCACGCUCGCCACUUUGACGGUACACAUGAAGGAGACGCAACACUGUGGUGUCAAUAUGCCAGCCACGGCGACCGCAAACACCGGUCUCUCCACCAAUGGCAGCGGCGGCAAUCAGACAGCUCAAUCGACACAUCACUUACGUCACUCGGCUAAUGCCGGCCAAAUGUCGGCUACAUCGGCAAGCGCAGCAACAACAACGCACACAACAACUGCCGCCGCCGCCAAUAAAUCUGAUCUCAAUUUGUUAAUCAAAGAAACGAUGCCAUUGCCACGCAAGCUGGUGCGUGGCCAAGAUGUCUGGCUGGGCAAAGGAGCCGAGCAAACGCGCGAGAUACUCAAGUGUAUGUGGUGCGGACAGAGUUUUCGUUCGUUAGCCGAAAUGACGUCGCACAUGCAGGAGACGCAACACUACACGAACAUAAUAUCCCAAGAGCAGAUCAUUUCAUGGAAGUCGACGGAUGAUAAGAACUCGAAUAGCAGCAGCUCGACAUCGAAUGGCGGCGGCGCAACGACAACAACAUCAACAUCACCUGUCGUGACAACGCCACCAACGUCCGCGAAUACCGCCGCCGCUGCAAUGCUCGCUAGUCCCAACAACCACCAGCACAACAACAACAAUACGGCGGCUACUGUAAGUGCCGUGCUAACAUGCAAGGUGUGCGAUCAGGCGUUCGCCACGCUCAAGGAGCUCAGCAAUCACAUGAUGAAAAAUUCACACUACAAGGAGCAUAUGAUGCGUGCUAUGGGCGGUGUGGAGCAUGCCGCAAUGACACCGACCACUACAGCAGCCACUACCAAUGCGGGACGACGUGGCGGCCGACAGCUGCGUGAAAAACGCAAAAAGUCAUUGCCAGUGCGUAAGCUAUUGGAGUUGGAGCGUGCGCAACAGGAUUACAAACUGAACAGUUUGGACCCGGCACUGAAGCCGUUACGUGACUUUGCCGCCACUACGAAGAUUACAUGCGAGAAAUGUGGUGAGAAGAUCGAGACAGCGCUAUUUGUCGAUCACAUACGGCAAUGUCUGGGCGGAAUGUUGCUGGUGCCGGCACGCAAUCACAACAACAGCAGCGAUAGUUUGAAAUCAACUUUCAAUGCCAUCGAACAGCUGGCAAGUCCACAAACUCCGAGCGGCCGCAGUGAUGGACGCAAAACCGCCGAUAGCAAUAUGUCACAUGCCUCCGCCACGCGUCCAGAAAUACUAUAUCCAUUACCAAAGGAUGGUGAAAAGGCGAGCACAUCUUCCACACCUUCGGUGCUCAAUGCCAUCGAGCAACUGAUCGAGAAAAGUUUCGACACACGUCCACGUAAUAGCGGCGGUAACUACGCCAGCAGCGGUAAUGGCAGUCAACGCAGCACACCCUUGGGUUCGAGCAUUUUGAAGCGUCUCGGUAUUGACGAUAGCGUGGACUACACGAAACCACUCUUAGAUCCACAAACCAUGCAUUUUAUGCGUUCUUAUUCCAACUACUCGGCGCGAGAUCGCAGCGCUAGUGAAUCCAGUUCGAUAUCCGAGCGUUGCAGCAGUCGCAUCGAGUCAUUUACGCCCGAACGGAGUGGCGCAGAGCGCGCAUCGCAAGCGACACCACGUCUUACACCAGACAAGUUGGUGGCAACGAAGGAGCAGAAAGCCGUUGCUGCAGCUGGAGAAGACGAAGCCGCUUCCGUAAUGAAUACAGAGUUGUUGAAUAUCAAAUCGGAGCCCACAGAGUCCACCGAACCCAACAAUGAGUCACAAGAGCUGCCAGCGAGCGAGCAGAAGGACGCCAUGAAUUUGUCACCACAAAAGAUAUCCGUUAAGAAGGAGUUCAAUAUGAUCGAUAACCACGAAGAUGAGCGUCAAUCGAGCGAUGCGCUGCAUUACAAGCCGCAAGCGCGUACACCCUGCUCGCGCGCUACAAGUCCAAGCGCCAGCGAACGCUCAAUUACGCCCAAAUCCAUGGCUUCACCGGCGGAUAAGCGCUUCACCGCAGUGGGUAGCAGCCUCACAGCGCUCUCUUCCAUGUUUGAUAGCUUAAAUAAUAUGAGCAGUGGCGCGGUUAACGCACAGUCUCACACUAACGCCGACAGUUUUACCAGCGCUGAAACUAAUAAUAACAACAACAACAAUACAAAUAAGAAAUCGAAUGCGAAUCCGCUCGCUGCGCUGCAGAAACUCUGCGAAACCACUGAGAAGCCAACAAUGAAGACGCGCAGCGCCACUUCGAAUGGCAUCAGUCACAACUCACAGCUGUCGGGCAAUAUGAUGGCGUUCAGUUGGGCCUGUAAUGAUGCCGUGCAGAAUACGAAUGCGGAAUCGAUGAUCAAGUGUACACAAUGCGAUGCCGUUUUCAGCUCAAAGGGCGCCUACCGCCAUCACUUCUCUAAAGUACAUUACAGCAAGGAGGAUUGUGGUGAGUUAAAUACUUUGGCUAGCACCAUUAAAUCGCCAUCAUCACUGGCUUGUUCGCCAAAAUCGGCUGCUGUAUCGCCGAAGAGCGCUUCGAAGAGUCCAGUGGGUGCGGGUAGCAUGAGUGCGCCCAUAAUCAAUCCAUACAGCGAGAGUUCACAAUCAAAGUUCCUCAAAUAUACCGAAUUAGCGAAGCAAUUAUCGUCGAAGAAUGCAUAAUGCGGCACUUCGAAGCAGUAGGAAGGC